UUCCGAAGAUUUGGGCUCAGAGCAAUUAUGUAGAAGAGCCACCUUUUUUGCGUGGGAUUCGGCCAUGGAAUGGGAAUGAAGUGGGCAAGGUGGAUGGCAAGCCUGAGCAACCGAAAGACUACCCAACGUGAAAGCUGGAGCGAUCGGUCCAGUGUCGAGUCGUCAGACUUGUUCGAGAACUACCCAGGCAAGUCAGCCACCAGCUCAUCCAUCAGCAAACCCUUUGAUCAAUCGGUUGCAGGGCCCAGCAACUCGGGCCAUUGGACGGAAACCGAGGUGAUCCUACAGUCCUUGCCGACUUACGCAGGACGUUUGCCUUGCAACAUCUGUUUGUUUUUCAGAUCGCCCUAUGGGUGCCUGAAAGGGAGUGAAUGCUCUUUCUGCCAUCACUUACAAAAUGAGCAGGGUGGCCAACCAGCCAGACCCCGGAAGUUCAGACGUGAUCGGUGCAAGAGCAACGUGCAGCAGCAGUUGGAGAUGUUGACAGCGGACCAGGGGCCAUGUGAAGUCAUCAACGCUAUCCAAGCGGAGGCGCAGAGAAGCAAAUACUCCCGGACUCUGUGCCAAAACUUGCUAGACGACUGGCUUUUUUCACAUGGGGAUGUUCGCACCUGCUUAGCACAAAACACUGUUGCACGAACUGCGAGGGAACGUGAGCACCAAGAUCAUAGCUGCCGUGCAUCGUUGCGAUUUUCGGUGUAGCUGGCCGCCGUUUAAGCAUCCACUUUUUUCCC